UCCCAUCCCUCUCGCUCGCCUCCUUUGCGCCCAAGCAGCAGCAGCAGCAGCAGCAGCAGCAGCGAGUGACUUGCUCCCGUUCCUCAUUGUUCUCGCCCCGAAGCAGAAGCAAGGAGCCAUGGACGACCCCGACCAGUCCCCCUUGGUCUCUUCCACCGCCCCCUCGGGGGGAGCCGGAGGGCAGGACCAGUGGAAGCCUCAGCAGCCCCUGUUCCAGUACCAGUUCGUCGCGGAGGACGACGGCGAGCCCGAGGAAGAGGACGAAGAAGACGACGACGAAGUGGACGACGAGCAGCUGGAAGUGAGGGAGAGGAAGCCCGCCGCCCCGGCCUCUGCCCCGCCUCUGGGCGAGAAGCCCCCGGGUCCCCCGCCUGCCCCCCACCAGCCGGCCUGGACCAGCCACCCGGAGGCGCCCUCUUCCACCACCUCCCCUUUCUCUCCAUCCGCCUCCGACUUCUCCCUGCCUGAGGGGAAGGGCAAGGACCCCCCGCGCAGCGCCCCGCCGCCGCCGCCUCCGCCGCACCGGGAGGAGCCCCGCGCCCCCGCCGUCCCUCCGCGCAGCGCCCCGCUGCCGCCCAAGAGAGACGAGCCCCCCGCCGCUGCCAAGAAGGGCGCCGCCUCAGGCUCGCCGGAUGAGACUCUUUUUGCUCUUCCUGUUGCAUCUGACCCUCUGAUGCACUCUUCUGCAGACAAAGGUAUGGACUUGCAGGAGCAGCUGGGUCGUGCAUGGCGAGAAGAUUUCGCUGCAGCCCCCCUUGACGCUACCGCUUCUCUUCCCUCUCUCUCUCCUCUCUCAGCCAAUCCUUUUAAAGACUACACAGCCCCCAACGCAGUAUCAGGCGGGCUAUCUGCAAAGGGCAGUUACGGUCAGGUUGAAAGCCAGGCAUUUACCGCUGCUACCAAAAACGCACGUAACCUGUUCCUUGAAGAUGCUGGUGGUUCAGAAGCGAAACCUUCAGAAGCAGUGCCCUCUGACACUGGGACAGGGCUAUUCUUUUCAUCUCAGACCAAGGAACCAUCAGGCACCAAUGAAGUGUUUAAUAUAGAAAAACUAUCUGCACACCAGCAGGACUCUUCUCCAGAAUCUCCUGUCGAGCUGUUUGUGAAGCACGAUAACGAUGCAUCUCUUGAAGACCGAAAGCACGAUGCCGACGAAAAUAUGGCUUUCGUAGACCUUUCCGCAAGGGACGACUAUGUGGAUUUCAAGCCUUUUGAACCAUCAUGGGCUAGCAAUGAAAGCAGCAGUUUGAAAGAAAUGGCUAGGAGUCAGAUGGAUGGUGUAGGUAAAUAUGACACGGAGGAGGCUCAGACUCUGCCGGUAGAAAAAGACUUUGGAAAAGAGAGCGAGAAGAAGCAUGAAAGCAGCAAUGAAGAUAUUUCUUUCCCCAGCACUCCAGAAGCCGCAAAAGAAUUUUCAGAAGCUUACAUUACUUGUGCCAAGUUUGAAUCAGCUGUGACAGUCGAGGGCAGCACAGCCAAGUCUCUGGUGGAGGAGCAGGCUUCUGAAAAUAAAACAGAUGAGAAAAAGAUAGCAGAGAUGAAGGCCCAUUUUGGAACGGAACCAAGCGUUGCCCACAAUGAGUUGGCAAGUGGCCAGGGCAAGAAUGCUGAAUCUGAUAAAGCCGAGAAUCUGCUGGCGUCUACUGAUGCUCUGGCCAAUAUGCCCGAAGGUCUUACUCCUGACUUAGUGCAAGAAGCAUAUGAGAGUGAACUUCAUGAUGCAGUUAGCCCCAAACUUGCUUACGAAACGAAGAUCGAUUUGGUUCAGGUGUCCAAGUCGUCGCAAGAGCCCUUGAAUGUGGCCGUGCAGCUCUGCCCCUCCUUUGAAGGAGCGUCUGAAACAGCUCCUUCCCCUGUCUUGCCAGAUAUUGUCAUGGAAGCACCGUUGAACGCAAGCGCUGUUGGGGUGGUUGCUCCUGCCGUGCAAACUGAAGCCUCUCCUUCGGAAGCUUUUGCUGGCGAUUACGAGAAUGACUACGAGAAUGUAAUGCAGAAGUCUGAGGAGCCUCCCUCGUAUCAGGAGGCAAUGAAUGUACCCGCAAGUCAAGCACAGGAAACCAAGGUUGAUGCUGCCGAUAAAGAACCCGGACAUAAGAAUGGUACAACUGCGGAAGACUUGGAGAAUUCUUAUAUAUCCAUUGCAUGCGACUUAGUUAAAGAAACUAAGGUUUCCAAUGAAUCUGGUUUGCCGGCCGUUGCAGAGAAAUCCAAGGAGGUGAUUUCAGAAUGUGUUUCCCAACCUGUGCCUGAAUAUGCCGAGCCUGACGAGAAAGCACCUGGGAAAAGUGACUUAUUUGGUAGUUAUCAAGAACCAGUCCUUGCUCAGAAAGAGAGGGAAGCUGUGAAAGAGAAAAGCACCGCAUCUGCUGCUAAGAUUGUAUCCAAGGAAGGCUGGGAGGAGAAGCAGAAGGAGUUGCCACCUUCCCUUAGCAAGCCUUACCUAGAAUCCUUCCAGCCUCAGACUGAACCCCCCAAAAAUGCACCCACUGUUUGGGCUCCAGAAGUAGCAAAGGAGGAGAAGACAUGGAAGGAACUAGACAUGGAAGAACUAUGUAUUGGCGCAGGUUAUUUUCCUGUUCCCAAGGAGCUCAAAGUGGGAGACAAAAUUGUGUUGUCUGCAGAAUCCUCUCCAGAGACGGAUGACUUCCCCACAGCUCCUUAUCAGGCUGCUAAGUCGGUGAUGGAAAAAGAUGUGUCGAAGGAGAUGGAAAGCAGAGAGCCCUGUGAUGCAUUUGAAUCAGAGGCAAGGCAGUCUCCUUACCAAGAGGUGGCCCACGACCUUUCUUUGAAGAAUGUGCAAGUCAAAAAUGAAGAGAGAGGAAAACCCUCCGUGAAACUGGACAGAGAAGUGCCUGAAGCAACGAAGGAGAUCUCGCCCCCAGCUGAUGUUACCCCUUCGCCGGCAGAGAAAAAGUUAGACAGUGUAGGAAAGGGAGCUGAGAGAGGAGCUGCUUCUGUCAAGGAAAAGGAGAAACCUGCCCCUAUGUUUUCAUCAAAGCUGAGUAAGCCUUCAGUUGUUGACCUCCUUUACUGGCGAGACGUUAAGAAGACGGGCGUGGUGUUUGGAGCCAGCUUGUUCCUGCUGCUGUCAUUAACAGUGUUCAGUAUUGUGAGUGUGGUCGCUUACAUUGCCUUGGUCCUCCUGUCUGUGACCAUCAGUUUUAGGAUAUACAAGGGAGUUAUCCAGGCAAUCCAGAAGUCUGAGGAAGGCCACCCAUUUAGGGCUUACUUGGAUAAAGAUGUCGCUGUGUCUGAGGAGCUUGUCCAAAAAUACAGCCAUAUGGUGCUUGGCCACUUCAACAACACAGUUAAGGAGCUCAGACGCCUCUUCCUAGUGGAUGACUUGGUGGAUUCGCUAAAGUUUGCCGUGUUGAUGUGGGUGUUCACCUACGUUGGUGCCUUGUUCAAUGGUCUGACAUUGCUGAUACUGGCUCUGAUUUCGCUCUUCAGUAUUCCUAUUAUUUAUGAAAAGCACCAGGUUCAAAUUGACCAUUACCUGGGACUUGUGAACAAGAAUGUCAAAGAUGCAAUGACAAAGAUCCAAGCUAAAAUCCCCGGAUUGAAGCGCAAAGCCGAAUGAAAAACCUAAAGCAACUUUUAUUAAAAAUAGGAGUUCAUCUUUUAAGUGGGGAAGGGGAGGCAUAUUCAUUUGGAUUACGUGGGGAGGGUCAAGGAAUAGCAAAAUCCUUGACAUUGCAGUGCAAUUUCACAGAUCUUUUAUUUUUUAGCAACGCAGUGUUUUGAGGCGGGGGGAAAUAACCUGUUCUUGACUGCCAUGUGUGUUCAUCAUAGGUAUUGUAAGCUGCUAUGUAUGGAUUUAAACCUAAUCCUCUUUUGCUUCUCCCGUGUGCAGCACUGGUUAACAUAACAGAUUGGAGAGCUGUACAUUUUAUGCUUCAGCCAAGGUAGUCUUGCUGCGUUUCGAGACAGCGCAGUGCCGCUGGAGUGCAGGGAGAGCAUUUCAGUUUAGCACUGUCUCUGGUCUGUGUAGGUUGAUUGCAGAUUUUCUUUUAAAAAAAAAAAAGGAGAGAGAUGUGUAGAAGAAUAUGCCAUUAAAGCAAGCUUAAAAAGCCUUGCCCGUUUGGUAUCGAGUGUAGCCGUAUUGUGCUUUUUAAUUUUACUGUUUUAUCAAUUGCCAAUAUAAAAGUUAUAUAAAUAUAUAUAUAUAGUGUUUCACAGCAGCUUAGGAUGUCCAGCUCCUCCACAGUGCUUGGAAUAUCGGAGAACGGAACUGGGUUUUGUUUUGGGUUUUGUUUUAGCUCCAUUUAGCUUAAAUCUUCAGGAAAAAAACACUAGCAUCUAUUAAAGAAAGAAAACACCCAACUCUUCUUGCACAUUACACAGUUUUCUGCCAUAACUUUUGCUGCACAAACCUCCUAUAGUCUAUUUUGAGUAAAUAAGUUUACAGCCUCUCAAAACUCUGGAUCUGUGGAAGGAAUUUCUGAAGGUGCAGCUCCCAAGAUCCUUGCGAGGCUCUGGCAAGGAGUAACCAGCAUGCUUGUUCUCCAAUGUGCUCGGGAUCCUCAGCGCCUGUGCAUGGGUCAGCGUGUUGCGCCCCGAUGCUGCAAAUGUCGUUUGGAAAUUUCGAACCUUGCGAAUGCAAGAAAUUGCAAAUGAAAAAAAAAAUGUAUACACUUACGGUUCAAGCUGUAUUAAACUAAGUCUGUGGAAUGCAUUGUGAAAUGUAAAAACAAAACAAUUUGAGUAUCAAUAAAGCGUAUAGACUUAAA